AUUGCAACUAACACAACAAAGACCCCUGUGUCGCCUUAAAGACAAACCCGUUUAUUCUGCUGAAGCCUCCAUCAGGGGCGCUUCGCUUACCUAGAUUUCCUUAUGGCCCAGUCAGCCAAGAGAAGGAAGGAAUCGCAACGGGUCCUGGAUACGGCAGCAGCAUCGAUCAUCGUGGCUCUUUGUCUCCAUGGAAACAGAGGCAGCGUCGCCUUCUGACCCAAGGUAGCUCCCAUCCUCAAACCGAGCUGAAGACGCAGGAGGCGUCUCAACAACGGAUCCCUCCUUCUUUGGCCUACAAAAGCCCAGCACCGAUUUCCCCUUUUCCAGGGCGGUUCCUGGUGUUUCCAUGUCCUCUUCCGUAAGACCAAGGGUUCGGCCGGGAAGAGCGCUCAGGAGGCAGGCAGGAUAAGAAGGCUGAAAGAAGACCCCGAAAGGAAGGAUGGGUGUGGAGGCAGGACAGAACCAGAUCACAGAAGUCUCGGUGCUGAAAGGGCAGGGAACCAAGACCAGGUCCUAUGUUUUUCCAUGAAAGCCAGCGUUCUGAGUCGUUUCUCCGUUGUAGUCUCAACCUCCUGAAAACCUCUUUGAGUGAAAAACCAGGAGAUCCUGGUUACGUCUCCCCUGACGUGUCUGAAGUGGUUUCUCUCCUUGCUCAGCGCCAGAGCAAAGUCCGCUUCAGCCCUGAGCUACUGCUGGAAUACAGUGGCCGUGGGACCCCCCGGCCUGUCCAGAGCCGCCGGCAGCUAGAGCAAUGAGCGGCAGCCGCCCUCCCCUGGCUGAGAAGGCGUUCUCAGAGGCCUACGCCCGCCUCCGUUACAGGGACACCUCUUUGCUGAUCUGGCAGCAGCAACAGCAGAAGUUGGAGACCGUCCCGCCGGGAACCUACCUGAGCAGGAGCCGCAGCGUGUGGUACUCGCAGUACGGCAACCAGGCAAUUCUGGUGCGGGAUAAGAACAAGCUUGACGUCUCCAGGGACACGGGGCAAUCCAAAUUUUGCACUGUGAUGUAAUUUCAGCACUAAGGGUAAGAAAGGGACAUGAGCCAGCAGACCUACCAAAACGGUUCCAGAAAAAAUGGGUUUUCCAAAUGGUUUUUAAGACAGUGUUUCCAUUUAUCUUCUUGGCAAAUUUUGAACAGUGUUUCCGAAGUUACUUGGGGAUUCCCCCCCCCCCCGAGGGGCAUUAACAAUUGCACGACUCCUGUUCUGAAAUAACUACCCAACCCUUCAUCAAUUGCCAUUUGGUUCUUUCCGGUGCAGAAAUAGGCGCUGCAUUGUCAGCAGAGAUCGAUCCAGGAUCCACAGAGGUUUAGGACUACUGAGUAAAAAAACCCGGUUUGCACAUUUGGUCGAAUCAAGUGGGAGCGCACUCCAGGUAAGAGUGUUGCAGCUUUGAAUGCUUCCCUAUGAAGAAAGCAAGCACCUCCCUGCAUGCGGAAGGCGAGCCGGUCAGGACAGUGGCUAAGUGGAGCCCUUUUGCUGUCCAUGCUGAUUGUUGCAUGGAACAACUUAGGUUUUGCGGGGAACCGUUCAAGCGCGCAGUCCAGGAAAACUCUCAUCACUUCCUUUUCACAAAAGCAGAGAUCAUUCAGAUUGCUCCCCUGCCUGCUACCACCGCUGCAAAUAAACCAGCGUUUUUUCUUGAAAACUAAUGUCCCACCUGGAAGGAAACGCACGUUUCAGGGAGGCUUCCAACAAAUUCAACAGCAGAAGGCCACAGAAAUGUGGUGGGAAUGCAAAGAGAGAGCGCUGGUAGAGACGCAUAAUGCGUGAGCCCACGACGGCACCUCUUUGCAAGGGGCCAAAUGAAAAGGGUGAACCCCGCCACGCUCCGGAUGUUUUGGCCCACCAUUUCUAUCAUCCCCGACCAUUGGGUAUGCUGGAUGAGGCUGAUGGGAGCUGUAGUGCAAAACAUCUGUAGGGACCUGGGUUUGGAAAGGCUGGUGUAGACCAGCAAAAAUUAGGAGCUGGAACCCCCCCCCCUUGGCUUAAGUCCCAUUGAAGUAAAUGGCAUCCAUUGAGCACGGAGGGUGGGAGUGGGCGAAACAUUUGUACUACAGAAGUGCCAUUUGCUCUGUUCAUUGGGUCUUUGUUCCUUUAUUUUUUUUCAAACUGUUCUACUUUAAAACAAGAUACAGAGAAAGAGAAAAAGACCAACGUGAAAGGAGACUAAGGAAUAUACAAAUAAAACAUGCUUUAUCUGGAAGUUACCAAUACCUGUAAGUCCAAAGUCUGUACAAAAAAGAAACCAAACAAAACCCAAAA